CUGUGUGAGUGUGUGCGAGCGCGGGCUUGUGCGCGCGUGUGUAAGCUCUCCACACGGGGACACCUCAGUCCUCAUGAUGAGCGGCUCGGGCUCAUGAGGGAGGCUUUUCUAAGACGGCGUCUGGGUUUGCUGUAGUAUUCUCGCAGUGUGGGAUUUGUGCAGUUGAUUGCGUAACUUUAACUCUUUGCUUGCAUCCAUUUCGUCUUCUUCUUCUUUUUCUUCUCCUUCUACUCUCUGUGUGUGUGUUUUUUUUCUCUUUUCUUACGCCGUUGCAGACAUUAGUGUGGCAACUGUGGAUGGGCACACAGGAGUGGGCUGCUGCCCACCAAGUCUGACUGUGUUUCGGAGGUGCUGAGAAGAAGAACAUGUAAGAAUCCGCAGGCAUCCCCGCAGAUUCCUCUCGGAUUCAAAGCCAAAAUGCAGAAAGGAAUGAGACUCAAUGAUGGCCACAUCACCUAUCUGGCUCUUUUGGCGAAGAAGGAUGGGACGAGGAGAGGUUGCCUGAGUAAGAAAAGCUCAGACAACACAAAAUGGCAUUCAAAGUGGUUCGCUCUGUUGCAGAAUAUGCUGUUUUAUUUCGAAAACGACUCCAGCUCACGCCCCUCCGGGCUGUACCUGUUGGAGGGAUGUGUUUGUGACAGGGCACCGUCACCGAAACCAUCUAUGUCAGCGAAGGAAUGCUUAGAGAAGCAGUAUUACUUCACUGUCACGUUCAAUCAUGACAACCAGAAGGCUUUGGAGCUGCGCACAGAGGACGUCAAGGACUGUGAUGAGUGGGUGGCUGCCAUCACACAGGCCAGUUACAGGAACCUGGCUACAGAGCAUGAGACCCUCAUGCAGAAGUAUCUCCAUCUACUCCAAAUAGUGGAGACGGAGAAAACGGUUGCCAAGCAACUUCGACAACAGAUAGAGGAUGGGGAAAUCGAGAUAGAGCGACUAAAAUCAGAGAUCGCUGGACUGCUCAAAGACAAUGAGAAGAUCCAGUCAAAUCCAGAGGUACCUCCCAGUGAAGAUGACACAGAGAUCAAGAAGAUCAAAAAGGUCCAGAGUUUCCUGCGAGGUUGGAUUUGCCGCAGGAAGUGGAAAACCAUCAUCCAGGACUACAUCCGGUCACCCCAUGCCGAAAGCAUGAGGAAGAGGAACCAGGUGGUGUUCAGCAUGCUGGAGGCCGAGGCCGAAUACGUUCAGCAACUUCACAUCCUGGUCAACAACUUCCUGCGACCACUCCGCAUGGCUGCCAGCUCCAAGAAGCCGCCCAUCACGCAUGACGAUGUCAGCAGCAUCUUCCUUAACAGUGAGACCAUCAUGUUCCUCCAUCAGAUCUUCUACCAAGGCUUGAAGGCCAGGAUAGCCAGCUGGCCAACACUGGUGCUGGCUGACCUGUUUGACAUCUUGCUGCCUAUGCUGAACAUCUACCAGGAGUUUGUCAGGAACCACCAGUACAGCCUGCAGAUCCUGGCCCACUGCAAACAGAACCGAGACUUCGACAAGCUGCUGAAGCAGUAUGAGGCCAAGCCUGACUGUGAGGAGAGGACGCUGGAGACCUUUCUCACUUAUCCCAUGUUUCAGAUCCCUCGUUACAUCCUGACAUUGCAUGAGUUGCUGGCUCACACCCCCCAUGAGCAUGUGGAGCGAAACAGUUUGGACUACGCCAAGUCAAAACUGGAGGAACUUUCCAGAAUCAUGCAUGAUGAGGUCAGUGAGACGGAGAACAUAAGGAAGAACCUAGCUAUCGAGCGGAUGAUUGUGGAGGGUUGUGAAGUGUUGUUGGACACCAGUCAGACAUUUGUUAGGCAAGGCUCUCUGAUCCAAGUGCCGAUGAGCGAGAAAGGGAAGAUUACGAGAGGGCGAUUGGGCUCUCUGUCUCUCAAGAAAGAAGGCGAGAGACAAUGUUUCCUCUUCUCCAAACAUCUUAUUAUCUGUACCCGCGGCUCUGGGGGAAAACUUCACAUCACUAAGAAUGGAGUGGUCUCUCUCAUAGACUGCACACUGAUGGAGGAGCCAGAGGGGACAGACGAUGAGUCCAAAGGGGAGCGGACUGGCCAGGACACAGAGCACCUGGACUUUAAAUUGAUGGUGGAGCCAAAAGACAGCCAGCCCUACACCGUCAUUCUGGUGGCUUCAUCCCGACAGGAGAAGUCAGCAUGGACAAGCGACAUCAGUCAGUGCAUUGACAACAUCCGCUGCAAUGGCCUGAUGAUGAACGCCUUCGAGGAAAACAGUAAAGUCACCGUGCCACAGAUGAUUAAGUCGGACACCAGCUUGUACUGUGACGAUGUCGACAUUCGCUUCAGCAAGAUGAUGAACUCCUGCAAGGUGCUGCAGAUCCGCUAUGCCAGCGUGGAGCGUUUGUUGGAGAGGCUGACUGACUUGCGCUUCCUCUCCAUUGACUUCUUGAACACCUUCCUACACUCUUACCGCGUCUUCACCAGCGCUGACGUAGUGCUGGACAAGCUCAUCACCAUCUACAAGAAGCCCAUCAGUGCCAUCCCUGCACGUUCUUUGGAGCUUUUCUUUGCCAGCAGCCAGAACAACAAACUCCUCUACGGCGAGCCACCCACGUCGCCACGUGCCAGCCGCAAGUUCUCCUCCCCUCCUCCCCUCUCCAUCACCAAGACGUCCUCACCCAACCGCCGUCGCAAGCUUUCGCUUAACAUCCCCAUCAUCACAGGGGGCAAAGCCCUGGACCUGGCUGCACUCAGCUGUUCUCCCAAUGGCUAUGCAAGUAUGCACACCACCAUGUCACCCUUCAGUAAGACCACCCUCGACAUCAACAAACUCUACGUGUCCAGCACCAUGGCCAGCAAAAUCGCUGAUGACGGAGAAGCCAAAAAUGAAGGCAAGGCUGAGGAGUCUGUCCUUAACAAGCAAGAUCUGUCUGUGAGAGAGGAGUGCGAUGAAGACCCAAGUCAAAGUGAUGAAACUGAAGCAGAAAUGUCUCCUCCCAAGUCACCAUCAACACCCAAGAACGUCAAGUCAAAGAACUCUGAGUUUUCCCUGUUUUCCUUUAACAAUGGCAUGGUGGUGUCAUCUUGCCGGGAACUGGACAAUAACCGCAGUGCCCUUUCUGCCGCUUCGGCCUUCGCCAUUGCCACUGCUGGUGCCAACGAAGGCACUCCGACUAAGGAGAAGUACCGACGUAUGUCGCUCGCCAGCACAGGUUUUCCUACAGACCAGAGAAAUGGGGACAAAGAAUUUGUUAUCAGAAGAGCUGCCACAAACAGAGUCCUGAAUGUGCUGCGUCACUGGGUCUCCAAACACUCGCAGGACUUUGAGCUGAACACAGAGCUGAAGAUGCGAGUAAUUGGCUUCCUUGAGGAGGUGAUGCAUGACCCAGAGCUCCUGACACAGGAAAGAAAGGCAGCUGCCAACAUUAUUAGGACUCUCACUCAGGAGGACCCUGGAGACAACCAGGUCACCCUGGAAGAGAUCACACAGAUGGCAAUGGAGGACUGUAAGACCGAGCCGUUUGAGAGCCACUCUGCCCUGGAGAUAGCUGAGCAACUCACACUGCUGGACCACCUGGUCUUCAAGGUCAUCCCAUAUGAGGAAUUCUUUGGUCAAGGCUGGAUGAAGAACGACAAGAACGAGAGAACGCCGUACAUUAUGAAAACAACAAAACAUUUCAAUGAUAUCAGCAACAGGAUCGCCACAGAGAUCCUCCACUGGGACGAUGUCAACAUGCGAGUGGCAGUGAUCGAGAAAUGGGUGGCGGUGGCUGACAUCUGCCGCUGCCUCCACAACUACAACGCCAUGCUGGAGAUCACGUCCUCCCUCAAUCGCAGCUCUAUCUUCCGCCUCAAGAAGACCUGGCUGAAAGUCUCCAAGCAGACAAAGACUGUGAUCGACAAGUUACAGAAGCUUGUGUCAUCAGAGGGACGAUUCAAAAACCUGAGAGAAGCUCUGAAGAACUGUGACCCCCCCUGUGUUCCCUACCUGGGAAUGUACCUGACUGACCUGGCCUUCAUCGAGGAGGGGACACCCAACUACACUGAGGACAACCUGGUCAACUUCUCCAAGAUGAGAAUGAUAUCUCACAUUAUCAGAGAGAUACGACAGUUUCAGCAAACAGCUUACAAGAUUGAUUAUCAACCAAAGGUUGCAAAGUACUUGCUGGACAGCAGUAGAGCGCUGGAUGAGGAGAGCCUGUAUGAAGCGUCUCUGAGAAUCGAGCCCAAAACUUCAUCAUGAAGAGGAUCUCACUCUCUUUCUCAACCCUCAUAUGAAGUGUACAGGAACAGUAUAUCAUAAUGUACAUAUACUAUUAUUUGUAUUAGACACAGUAGGCUGUGCCCUUCUAGUAUGUGCUCCCCAAUGGACUCGUUGUGUAUAAUCGUUAUUAGAGACUGAGUAGAAGCCCAGAGAGGUUUUAUUUAUAUAGUUACAGAGUAUUUAUAUGUUAUUUAUCGUCUUAAAUACCAAUUUAUGAUAAAGUUAUUUUCAACCACAGAAUAAACAGAUGAGAGAAUAUACAGAUAUGAUAUUUAGUUAUAUCCUAAUGGGAAUGUGCAGUAUACAAAGGCUCUCAUUCAUGAGAGACGGUGGUCACAUUUGACACAUGAUGAUCGACUCCCACUUUUCUGCUCAGUCAAGGAGACAACUGCACAUAACUGCAGUUUGUCGACAGUUCUUCAACCUGUUUAAAUCUUAAAAGUUAAUCUGCUAAUCCACUAGCUGCAUGAUCAUUUAUUUUAAAGUUGUAAUCCUUAAAAUUUCAUUGCUGGUAGAUUUGAAUCCAGCAUGGUAGUGGCAGACUCCGCCACUACACUGAAACCUAAUAAUUACUGAAUGUAAACAUGUGGAAUAGCUAUAUGCAGAAAAAACGUUGACCAUAAAUAGUAUAAAAAUUUGUUUGUUUGUUUUCAUGAAAAUCUUAACAAUUCAAAUUUAGGUUUUGGAAU